AUGACUGUUAGUGCAGCAUUUGCCUCACUGAAAAACAAAGAUGUAUCAGACAGCACAAAGGCUUUCAUCAGUACCGGAAACAAGGAUCUGCAGACUGGCAGUACCAGUAAUCCUGAACCAGAAUCAGCACAUAAAGCUGGGGAUAAAGGGCACAUCUUAGCUGUUGCUCCACUCUUAAUUCAUAACACAGAUACCUUGUGCCAACAGACAGAGAUCCUGAGUCAGGUAAGCCCAGGACUGCCUGAAAGCCUGGCUCUUAUAUCCAAACAGGUCAUAAAAGUUGCAGACAGUGGAAACAGAAAUAGAAAAAUUGGAUUUUGUUACCCCAGAGGUAACAAGAGCGUUAAGAUAAAUGAAAAUGGCCAGUUCAGUCAACAGACAGAAUUAUCUGACAAUGUAAAGGAAACCUCUGAUUUGUUUCCAGUAUUAUUACAACACAGUAAUUUUGUUAGUUCUCCCAAGUCUAGUUCAGUUGUUAAAAUACAAGUAAAACCUGUUGAGACACAUCUGGCACUUAGUUCACCUGUUAUGAAUGCACAUAAUUUCAAAUCAAUGAACACAGCCAUUGUAUAUUCAAGUAAUGACUGCAGCAAAAUUACUGGUCAGCAGAUCCAUAUGACAUCUCAUGCUAAACGGAUAUUUUCUGAAAAACAUAAUGACAGAAGCAAACUGUAUGUAAGUGAUAUCUCUCAGGACAGUGUUGUGAAACUUGCGGAGACCAGAAUCCAUCCUGAUUACCCACAAGCAGACAACUCUGCUGUCAGAUCCGAAGCACAUGACAGUUCUCAGACUGUCACUCAGAACUCUGUUGACAGGGUUGAUCAGCAGUUGUAUGAAAACAGAAAACAGAUUGAUGUACCACCUUCAGUGGCAGUUCAAGGAAACAGUAGCCACGCAAGAGUAGCACCAACAAAAAAUGUUAGUGAAAACAAUACAGAUGCUGUGAGUUCACAUUCAAAGACUCUUCCAAGGCCUUACCAACAAACUUCUGUGGGACGAUGCUCUAAGGCAUCAAACAGAAGCAAUGUUCUUCAGCAGAUUGUGCCACCAUUUGAAAAUACUGAUACUGGCAAUUCUCGAAAGAUUCAAAACAUGCCCACUGCCAGAAAAUAUUCCGAUGGAUCCUUGAUCCCAGGCUGCUAUUCCUCUCUUCCCAGAGGUCACCAUAAUCAUCAUGUUUAUCGCCAACCACUUGACCACCGCCAUACAGUCAGUAAUCACAGCAUUGGUCAGUAUGACAAUCUGAUGCACCAACAGAUAGCUUCCAAUGUUAAAGACAGUCUUUCUCAAACCUUUCAAGGCCCAUUGUCCCCCCGGUUGUUGAGAACAGAUUCAACAUUUCAAGACUUAAUGAAAUCAAGAGGUGCACCACAAGUUUCUUUACUACCUUCUGUUGAUACAGCCCUAGAUUUCCAUUAUAAAAAGCAAAAUAUAGCAAGACUGCCGUCUGCACCAGAUUCUCUUACAUCUGUGAAGUUUUCAAAGUUACAUUACCCUCAACAGUCUUUCAACCAAAGCACAGACAUGACUGUAUCUUCUGUUGGUUCAUCUUUUAAGUCAUUUACCCAGGCAUCAUUUUAUAGACACCAUUCUAAUGAAGCAACUGCAUCCUUUCAGUACAACACUGCUGCGAGAGAACACAUUAAUUCUGUCAAUGGCAGCCCUCAGCCUUUUACAAGUGUAUUCAACAUGUCAGAGCCUCAUAGCCUAGGGAUGGACUUGAGUAUGAUGUCAGCAAGCAUGCUUAACCCACUCAAGUUGCCACAGAUGAAGUCUCACAAAGACAUUGGUGGAAGUUUUUAUGGUUACAAAAAUAACCACAUAAACACCAGUUCAACAGAAGAAGGCAUAACAUGGACAUCAGAUUCAGAAAACAGCAAGUCAUACAAGUUUGAAGUCUUACUUAAAAAAGAAGUAGGAGUGUCGUUUGGUAUCAACAUUGUGAGAAAAACAGUAACUGGUACGAGCUGCAUUUUCAUUCAGGACGUUGUGCCAGGAUCAAGUGUAGAAAAGGACAGUCGUCUGAGGAAAGGUGACCUCCUUAUGUCUAUAAAUGGGGUGAGCAUGAAAGAUCUGACCCUCUUAGAUGCACACCAGAUGUUGAGAAGUCUACCUCCAGGGCCAGUUCAAAUUGUUGCCUCCAGGGAUGUGUUCUCAUGA